AUGUCACCAAAGGAUUUCCCCUCAUUGAGUGAAUCUCAAAUUGGUGAAUUGAAAGAAUCAUUGUUACAAUGGAGUUUAGGAAAUGGGUUAGUAAUGUAUCCACCAAAUUUUGAACCAUAUAGUGCUAAUGCAGCUCCUAUUACCUUAUUUCCAACUCCUUUACCAAAAUCAAGUUUCAUCGAUGCUCAAAAUGUUCAAAAAAUAUUCAAUGAAUUAUAUAUUAAUUUAGUUACCAAACAGAAAUCUUGGCUAUUACCUAUUUUAGAAAACUUAUCUAACCAUGAUAAAGAAUUCACAGGGAAAUUAUAUGAAACUUAUACUAGAGCCAUUGAUGAAAGUCCCGAUAAGAAACUUUUACAACCAUUAUCAUUAGGAUUAUUCAGAUCUGAUUAUAUGGUCCAUCAAGAUACUAAUGAAAUCAAACAAAUUGAAUUUAAUACAGUUAGUGUUUCAUUUGGAGGUUUAUCAACUAAGAUUGGUCAAUUGCAUAAUUAUUUAAAUAAAAGUGGAUUAUAUGAUAGCAGUUAUUCUUAUAAAUACUAUGAAGAUGAAGAAAUCCCUAUUUCUGAUUCAUCUGAUAAAUUAGCUAAAGGUUUAGCUGAAGCAAAUACUCAUUAUAAAUCAUCAUCUAAUUCAGUUAUAUUAUUCAUAGUUCAACCAAAGGAAAGAAAUUCAUUCGAUCAAAGACAUAUUGAAUAUGCAUUACUUAAUAAUCAUGAUAUUAAAUCUUAUAGAUUAACCUUGGAAGAAGUAACUUCAAAAACCACUAUUAAGAAUCAUAAAUUAUACAUAAAAUCAACCAUGGAUGAAGUUUCAGUGGUAUAUUAUCGUUCAGGUUAUGCUCCAACAGAUUAUGAAGUUAAUCCUGAAAAAACAUGGGAAGCUAGACUUUUAUUAGAAAAAUCAACCGCUAUUAAAUGUCCAUCAGUUUUAACUCAACUUUCAGGUGCAAAAAAAAUUCAACAAAUUUUAACUACUUCAGAAAUCAUCAAAAAGGUGUUACCAACCAUUACGGAAACCGAAUUAACUUUAUUAUUAUCAACUUUUGUUGCGAUUUAUCCCUUGGAUGAUACUGAAUUAGGUAAAAAGGCCAAAAAAUUAGCGUUUGAACAACCUCAAAAUUUCGUUUUAAAACCUCAAAGAGAAGGUGGAGGGAAUAAUAUUUAUAAAGAAAGUAUCCCAUCAUUUUUAAAAUCAAUUGAUGAAAAGGAAUGGGAAGCUUAUAUCUUAAUGGAAAUCAUUAAUCCUCCCAACCAUCAUAAUAAAAUCAUUAGAAAUAAUGAUAUCUAUACUGAAGAUAUCAUAUCUGAAUUAGGGAUAUUUGGAACCAUUUUAUUUAAUGAAGAAAAUGGAGAAAUCUUAAGUAAUGAAAAUGCAGGUUGGUUAUUAAGAUCUAAAUUCAGCUCAAGUAAUGAAGGAGGGGUUGCCGCUGGUUUCGGUUGCGUUGAUAAUAUUUAUUUAUAUGAAUAG